GGGGGUGGAGAGGCGGGUGUCAGGGUGCCGCAGGGCCGGGCACUGACCCCUGGGCUGCUGCAGUGACCCGGGGAGAGAGUCUGGAGGAGGCGCUAGGUCCUGCAUGGCCGACGGGGUACUAAGACAACCUCGGGUGUAGAGCUCUGGGCAGGCUCCAAAGUCUGUUCCUGGCCUCGGAUUCCUCAUCUGUAAAACGCUUCCUGAGCAAAUCUACGCGUAGCUCGCUGCAUACAGCAGGGCUCAAUUAGUGGCGCGUCAUUGUUGUUCCUGCUGAUACUCAACACCCACUUCGCUGUUCAUUUAUUUGCUUACUGGCCCGACCCUCACGCCGGCUCCAGAAGAGAGGCGUCCAUCUUGGUCUAUCUGGUUCACGAGUUCUCGUAAAUAAAUGCGAGAGAUUUCACAGCUGUUAUUGUGACAGUCCGGUGUCCCCAUUUCACGGAAGAGAAAACUGAGAACCGGGUAAAGAAAUGGCCUAUGUGAGUUCACACAGGGCAGGUGGCCGGGGUGCACUCUCGCCACACUGUGCCUAGUGGGCCAACAGGUAAUGUCAAUGAGGUUACUGAGGCUCGCUCCAGGGGCGACCUAAGGCGAUCGAAUGAAAGGGGGUCUGGCUGCAGCCUAUUGGCCAGCAGUGUUUGCCCGGCCCAGAAGAGAACGCGGCCCGGAUAGCUUUCUCCACACCGGAGGCUCCCAGCAUAAGUACAGCCGCGUCACCACGGGCCUCUGGGUUGGCUACGCCGCGCGCGCACACAGCUCCUCCCACCGCCCUCUGCGGGCUCGGAAUGCGGUCUUGCACCUUUAAAUGGGGCGUGCGUGGGCGAUGUCCCGUCCCCAGGGAGCGCGCCGAGAGCGAGGGGGCGUGGCUGGCUCGCUACUGGCUGAGCCCCAAAGUAUUUUGGAACGCCGGCUAGAGCUCUACGCGGUUUGAUUGGAGGUACGGCCUGCCUGUCUAUGUGUCCCUGGAGGGGUUACGGUCUCCUGGGGCUUCGGCGUUCGGUGCCGGGUCCUCCACGUUCCAUUCCGAGCUGGCUGGGGCUUCGGGGCCGGGCGGUCCAGCUGCGCCUUCCGCUGCGUGUGCUGAAGCCGCGACGCAGGCUAACCAUGGCAGAGUUCUCCCAGAAGCGGGGCAAGCGGCAUGAUGAUGCUGUGCUGGGCAGUGCCGUGGACUUCCUUCUGGCCAAUGCCCGCCUGGUGCUCGGCGUGGGCGCGGCCGCCGUGCUGGGCAUUGCCACCCUGGCCGUGAAGCGGCUCAUUGACAAAGCUACCAGCCUGCGGGAUGAGGAGGAUGACACCAAGGGCAAUACCAUGUGCCUGGAAGAUGGAUGGAGGGAGCUGAGCCUGCUCAAGGCCACGCCGCGGCCACAGCCUCGGCCCCUGCCUGCUGCCCUCAGCCAGCCUGUGUCCACCCUGGCCCCCUCACCUGCUGCCCCAGAGGCACCUGGAGACAAUGGUCCCUGGAUGCCACCUCAGUGCAGCUCCCCAGCACCGCUGUGCCUGACCUUCCAGGAGAAGCUGCUGGCAUUUGAGCGGGAGCACUUGGCCAUCCCAACAGUUGAUGUGGCUGUGGCCCAGCGGCUGGCUUGUGACAUCAGCCUCGAGCUUCAGGCCUUCCUGCGGAACAAGUUCCCAGAACUGCCCUUCGGGGCCCCUGAGCCCAGUGGGCCGCUCUUUGACGGGCUGCAGGCCAGUGCUGCCGACCCUGUGCGCCUCCUGGUGCCACUGCGACUGGAGCCAGGCCUGUGGGGCCUGGUGCCGGGGGCUGACACUGUGGCUCGGGACGCUCGCUGCUGGGCUGUGCGCCGGACCCAGUUGGAGUUCCAGCCCCGUGGGAGUAGCCCCUGGGACCGUUUCCUGGUAGGCGGCUACCUGUGUGCCCAGCUCCUGCUGGAGCUGCUCCACAAGGCACUGGCCACCUCCGUCAACUGGCCGGCCAUCAGCAGUCUCCUCGGGUGCCUGGUGCGGCCCAAUGUGAUCUCUGAGGAGCUGCUUCUCGAGGUGCGGCAGGAGCACUUGAACCUCACUGUUGCUGUGCUCCCUGCCAUGGUUGGCGCUGGUAACAACGACCGCGUCCUCCUGGCUUGGCCCCUAAAGGGGCUGGCCGGGAAUCUCUGGCUGCAGGACUUCUACCAGGCCGAGUCCACCAGGCUGCGGGCCUUGGAUGACCAAGAUGCUGGCAGCCGUCAGCGACUUCUGCGGCUGCUGUGUGGUGUCUGCUGCCGUCACCCAGCCUUGGGGCGGCUGGGCCGUGACCACCUCACCCAGGUGGUUCUGCGCCUGGGGGAAGAAGAGGUGGACUGGGCUGAGGCGGCCCUGGCGUCGCGCUUCCUGCAGGCCCUGGAGGAGCUCAUUGAUGGCCUGGAGCGGGCCAGCCUGCUGUGCCACUUCAAUCCCAGUGUGAACCUCUUUGGCAACUUGCAUGAGGAGGAGAUUGACAGCAUUGGCUAUGUGCUGUACAGCGGCCUGCAGGCCCCCGAGUGGCUGCUCCGGGGUGGUGUGGCCAGCAUGGGUUCUGAUGCUGGUGCGCUGUGUGCGCCUCCCUCCCAGGGUUUUAGAGAGCACUUUACUCUUGCUUUCAGCUAGAAUAAAAGAGGGCAAGUUUCCUAAGCACAUGGGCUUGACAGGUGCUCGGUUGCCUGGACCUGCCUAGAGAGCUUGUAUGGCUGUCACCUAUGCUCUGCUGGGCUGUCUCUUUGCAGCCUGGACUGAUGACCUCUCAUCCCGCUCCCCUUGGGCUCAGUCUGUCAUCACCAGCAAUGAACCCACUGAUGGAAUGUGGCUUCUGCCACCCAGCUAGGGUGGAAGGUCAGCUCCAUUUUUUCCACUGAGAUCUAGCACUUUCUUGGGGCAUAGCUUCAAGGCAUCUUGGGGCUUCUGGUGCCACUGUCAAGUGUCAUGUGUUUGUUCUUUUGCCCGGGGGCUACGCCUGGUGCUCUGGGAGUAUGGUUUUUGGCUCUUUAAAGGAUGGUGUUUUCCCGAUGUCUUUGUAUGUGUGGUAUUCUCAGGAGCUCUAGCUCUGGAGCCAUGCUUGGGAGCAGGAUAUCCCCUCUAAUUUCAGGGGAAGAUGCCUUUUCCCUCAACUGGGCAGGCUUUCUCCUUGGGCACCCCAGGCCUCCGGAGAGCCCUGUCCUUGCUGGGAGGGCUGAGGGACUUGGUGCUGGCUCCCUCGCCCUGAGCCCGGGAAGUUCCGCUGUAGCUGCUGCUCA